CUCUUUUCGGCGGGUAUGUGAAACCUGCUAGAGGUGUGAUUGCAAAUUGCUCUCGUGUUAGUAAAUAAAGUGAAAGUGCUAUGUCUUUUCCCACUUCUACUGACAUCGGAACUUUCCGAAACAUAUUGACAAAUUUAUUAAACACUAAUAAUGAUGUGCGAACUAAAGCUGAGGAGUUAUUUGAAAAAGUUCCCCCCAUUGAUAAAAACUUCCUGCUCUUAAAUGUUUGUAAUGAUGAUACUGUCCCCCCAGAGGAGGCAGAACUGGCAGCUGUUCUUCUUCGAAGAUUAAUAACCUCAGAUUUCGAUGAAGUGUACAUGAAAAUACCCUCUGAUGUUCAACAACAAAUUAAGUCACAUCUACUAGCACGUUUACAGCAAAACUUUAAUAUUAAUCUGAGGAAAAAGAUAAGUGAUGUUGUUUCAGAACUGGCAAGAAAUUUUAUUGAUGAGAAUGGAACCAAUAACUGGCAGGAGUAUCUGAAUUUCCUAUUUGAAGGUGCAUGCUCAUCUGAUCCAACAUUAAGAGAGAUAGCUCUAUUAAUGUUUGCUGCUGUUCCAGGAGUAUUUGGAAAUCAACAAAAUAAAUAUCUAAAUGUAAUUUGCCAGAUGUUAUCUCAAACUCUAAUUGACCAACAAUCUUUACAAGUUCGCUAUGCAGCCGUCAAAGCCUUUAGUGCCUUCAUGUUAGCCAAUGAAAAAGAGAUCCCUGUUCAAAAGAUGUUCAGCGAUGCACAUUGUGAUGUCAGCCUUCUCAAAGUUUUCCAAGAAACAUUGGAAAUAAAAGAUGCAGAUCCGGAUGAAGUUUUGAGAAGUUUAGUAGAUUUAGUGGAAGUCUGUCCCCAGUUUUUCAAAAGCCAAAUUGAUCAUCUGUUUCAUCUUUGUUGGAAAGGGUUGUCCAACAAAGAGCAACUUGACUCGACACGUCAGCUGUCCAUAGAGGUUUUUGUGACUAUUUGUGAAGCUGCUCCUGCUAUGGUACGCAAGUGUGGAAGCAAGCAUGUUCCUGCAAAUAUAUUGUCUACUUUGGAAAUGAUGAUGGAAUUAGAAGAGGAGCCUGGUUGGGAUUUUAUUGAUGAUGAUAAUACAGAUGAAGAAAAUGACAGCAAUUGUGUGGUCGCAGAAGCCGCCCUCGACCGCCUUGCCUGUUCUUUGGGUGGUAAAACCAUUCUACCAUUAGUUAUGACUGCUAUUCAGCAAAUGUUAAGUUCAGAUGAUUGGAAGGGCAGAUAUGCUGGAUUAAUGGCUAUUUCUGCAAUUGGAGAAGGUUGCCAUAAACAAAUGUCCGCCAUUUUACAAAAAGUUGUUGACCGUGUGUUACCAUUCCUUAUCGAUCAGAACACUCGCGUGAGAUAUGCUGCAUGCAAUGCCUUGGGUCAGAUGUCCACUGAUUUUGCUCCUGUUUUUCAAAAGAAAUUCCACGAGAAAGUUAUAACAUCGUUGCUUCAACUUCUGAGUGAUCCUAGUAGCCCUAGAGUGCAGGCACAUGCUGGUGCAGCUCUUGUCAAUUUCUUUGAAGAUUGUCCCAAAAGCAUAUUAAGUCCUUAUCUCAAUAACAUUGUUCUACAAUUAGAAGCAGUUUUGUGUUCCAAGCUCACAGAAUUAGCAGAAAAGGGAACUAAAUUAGUUUUGGAACAAGUGGUUGUGACAUUGGCAUCAUUGGCUGAUAGUGCUCAAGAAAAAUUUGUGGAACAUUAUGAUAAGUUUAUGCCUUGUUUGAAAUUCAUAAUUGAGAACACAAAUCAGCCACAUUUACUUAUCUUGAGAGGAAAAACAAUAGAAUGUGUGAGUUUAAUUGGUCUUGCCGUUGGUAAGGAUAAGUUUCUUCCUGAUGCCAGUCAUGUUAUGGAAUUACUAUUAAAGAAUCAAGCAUCUGAUGCUGUCAUAUCAGAAGAUGAUCCUCAACUAUCCUACAUGAUAACAGCUUGGGCAAGAAUCUGCAAAAUUUUAGGAAAGGGAUUCGAGCCUUAUCUUCAAUUUGUGAUGGGUCCUGUGUUAAAAGCAGCAUCAUUGAGGCCAGAAAUAGCCGUAUUAGAUUCGGAUGAUAUGAAAGUUGUUGGAAAUGAUGAUGACUGGGAGUUUGUCAAUCUAGGUGAAAAGCAUAAUUUUGGAAUUAGAACUGCUGGUCUAGAAGAUAAAGCUACAGCUUGCCAGAUGCUGGUGUGCUAUGCCAAAGAAUUGAAGGAAAGUUUUGCUGCAUAUGCUGAGGAGACAGUUCAAUUAAUGGUUCCAAUGUUGAAAUUCUAUUUUCAUGAUGGUGUUAGAAUAGCUGCAGCUGAAAUAUUGCCCUGGAUUCUAGAAAGUGCCAAAAUUAGAGGAGAAGCCUAUGUGCAAAAUAUGUGGAGAUUUAUUCUGCCACCCCUUCUAGAAGCUCUCGUUGCCGAACCUGAGCCAGAAGUCGUGAGUGAGCAUAUGUCUGCUUUUGCUCAGUGCAUUGAAGUAUUGAAUUGCCAUUGCCUUACACAGGAUGAUAUGUCACAGUUAAUAAAAAUUCUAACUAAAUACUUAGAAAACCAUUUCAAAAGAUGCGAAGAGAGGGAAAACACAAGAAAAGAUGAAGAUCAUGAUGAAGCAUCUGAGGAAGAACUUCUUAGACAAGAUGAUGAAGAUGUUUAUAUUCUAAGUAAAAUUUCAGAAAUUUGCUGUACCUUAUUUUCUACCUACAAACAAGAAUUUUUCGUUUGCUUUGAGAUGCUGUUACCACAUUUUAUUAAGCUUUUGGAUCCUCAGAGAAACUGGCAGGAUCGCCAAUGGUCUUUGUGUGUAUUUGCUGAUAUCAUCGAAUAUUGUGGACCAGCAUGUGAAAAAUACCAACAGUAUUUCCUUCCAUCCAUCUUAGCAUCUGUAGCAGACGAAAGUCCUGAUUUGAGACAAACUGCGGCUUUUACUGUUGGUGUGUUAGCUCAACACGGUGGUCCAACUUUUACAGACUACUGUGCUAAAGAGUGCCUGCCCCUUUUAAUCCAGAUGAUUAAUGCUCCCGAGUCUCGAUCUGAAGAGAAUGAAAGAGCGACAGAAAACGCCAUCUCAAGCAUAACCAAAAUAUUUAUGUCAAAUAAUCCAUCCGUCAAUGCAGAUGAGAUAAUACCCGUAUGGAUAACGUGGCUGCCCAUAUGGGAAGAUGAGGAAGAAGCAAAAUAUGUUUUCAACGUACUCUGCACUCUCCUAGAAUCGAAUAAUGCACCUCUCCUGGGGCCAGAGAACCGUAACUUGCCUAGAAUUGUCCACAUAGUUGCUGAAGCUUUUUUCCGGGAAGCCAUCGAACCUACAUCUGAAGUUGGGAAGAGAGUUGUUACUCUAGUUAAAGAUAUUAAAAAAAAUGCAGAACUAUUUUCAGCCUGCGUUGUUAACAUGCCUACUGACCUCCAAGAAGCUUUGCAUUCAGCCUUAAUAGUGACAAAUUGACUUUUGUUAUUCACUCACAGUGACAUUGCUGCUUUCAGAGUGUUAUGAAUAAUUUUAUGAACUGUAGAUAUUGUGUGUUCCAACAUAUAUUAAAUAUUUUGUUUCCUA